UUUUAGUGUGUACCAUCUUAAGAUGGUAGAGCUGAUUUUUUUUUUUUUUUUUUGAACAUGUUAGCUGAUCAACCAGCUACUAUAUUCCAAAACACAGUUACCAGAUAAGCUGGAUUUCACUACAGGGAGUCCACACAGUGUGGCGGUAAUUGCAUCGCCCCUUCAUGCUAACGAUAACGACGUAAAGAUGGGCAGCCUUUGCAUUUUUAAUUCAUAUUUGGCUUUAAGACGUUUGGAGAUUUACCGCUCCUCUUUAAUGUAAUCGUGAUCCACCAGUAGCAGCAUCAUCUCACGAUUAAUUCCUUCCCAUAAUGCCUCGCGAUAGUGCUCGUUGGCGCUGUCUGUGGUGCUGAAGCUGCUCUCGCCGGCGGCAAAGAGUCCUCCCGCUCCAGCAUCAGCUCCACGCGCUGCUCAACCAGAGACAACCGCGAUUUGUUUGUGUUCUUUGUCUCUUCUAACGCGUUUUUAUAGCCGGGAAUCUUUAGUGUUGUAGUUACCUCCUCCCGGGGAGAUACUAUCCGGUCGCGCCUGUGUUUUUCGACUCUCGUUUGGCUCGCAUCCUUUAUGCACAGCACGCUGCUCCAGCCCUUAAAGAGAACACAGGCAUCCGUGUCGGAACAGCAUGGCUUCCUGAGCGAGAUGGAAGCGAAGCAGCACUCGAUCAAGAGCCUGAAGAGCUAUCCGGAGGCUGGGGGCCGGAGUCUGGCGGCGGCGGCGGCGGGUGGGGACGUCGGAGGUGGAGGGUAUCGCGUCGGCGGCGCGGAGAUGGAGAUGGAGGCGAAAAUACAGAAAGCGAUCGACUUCAAACUGGAGGGUCACCGAUGCUACAAGGAGAAGAAAUUCCGGGAAGCUAUUGGGAAAUAUCACAGGGCGCUGCUGCAGCUGAAAGGGGUCCAUGUCGUCGACGGGACCACCGGAUCCGAGGUGAACCUCCUGAAUCAAGCCGCUGCCAAGCUGACAGAAGAGCAGCAGCGAGCGGUGGAGAGCACCGAGAUCGAAUGCUACGACAGCCUGACAGCAUGCUUGCUGCAGUCGGAGCUGGUGAAUUAUGAGCGGGUUAAGGAAUACUGUUUGAAGGUCCUCGGACACCAGCAGGAUCACUUUAAGGCCAUGUACCGUGCUGGGAUUGCCUUCUACCACCUUGGAGACUACGAGUGUGCCCUGCGUUACCUGCGCGAUGCCAAGUGCCGUGAACCCACAGACACAAACGUGCUGCGAUACAUCCAGCUGACGGAGAUGAAGAUGAAUAAGUGCAGUCAGCAGGUCCGUGAAAGUGGGAAAGAGUCAUUGGGUUAAACUCGGCCCGACGCCCACUGCUCCGCCCCCUCAUGCCUCGCCCUAACCCUGAUAGAAAACCUCUCCUUUCGAGUCUCUGCCCUUUUUCCCACAAUGCUUCCCAUCCCUUGGACAACCAGGAUACAUGUGCUGCGCCCCCCUCUGAAAGCGGACUUGAAACGGGCACAGCUACAGCACAGCACCCCGCGACUGUCUUUUCUCGCUCUGUCCCUUUAAAUCCAACGUCCCCGGUGCUUUCAUUUCCCAGGAAUUGAGAAUCUGACUGAUGAACGAAGAAUACGACAACGAAAAAAGAGGAAAUGCUCAAUUAUAAUUAUACAAACAAUGGGGGUCUGACAUUACAAUUUAAAAUUACAUGAUUGAAUAAGGAUAUUAAAAUGUGCAUAAUGUUUUAACAAAAAAACAUGGGUUGCUGAAUUGAGUCUGUAGGUAGAGAAUAGAAUGAAAGCACACGUAUCAAAGCCACACUGCUAUUUAAGUGCAGAUGAUGAAGGUCAACGAUCAGGCUAGUGACCUUUGAACUCACUCUGAUCCAUUGAGAAAUACCCUCUCUACUCAAUACAGAGGAGAAUCAAUGUUUCACGACUAGAUCUCACGCUCGCCUGCCAACGCCUGUUACUUUCUGUCUCCUUUUUCUCUCUCUUGAAUUUGGGCAUAUCUCAACUCAAUUUCUGAACUGUUUCAAUUCAAGGGCUAAUUCAAGUGUUUGUAAUUUGUCCUUUGAUAUCGAUUUUGUUUUUCCUCUCAGUUUGCUGUACUAUAGUGGUUUGAGUAAGUUGUUAUCUUUCCCUUUCUCAAAGGUACAACAUCCUCCGUACUGUGUUUUGUGAACCUCGUUGUCCAUUUCCCUUGUAUAGGACUGUUGCUUAGCCCCUCCCCCUUAAAGGGAUAGUUCACCCAAAAAUGAAAAUUCUGUCAUCAUUUCCUCACCCUCAAACCUGUAUGAGUUUCUUUCUUCUGUUGAACACAAAAGAAGAUAUUUUGAAGAAUCCAGACAGCUGACGGUAACCAUUGACUUCCAUAGUAUUUUUUUCCCUACUAUGGAAGUCAAUGGCUACUGUCAAAGUCCCUUUAAGUCAUUUCACUCGGAAUAUCUUCUUUUGUGUUCAACAGAAGAAACAAACUCAAGAUUUGGAACAACUUGAGGGUGAGUAAAUGAUGACAGAAUUUUCAUUUUUGGGUGAACUAUCCCUUUAAGAGAAGAGCGCAUCCUGAUGAUGUCACAAUGGUUAUGCAGCCUGUUGGAAUAUCAUUAACUAAUGGAGCCAUAUGGAAAACGCUUGUGUUUCCACAAGAAACAGGAUCCACAACAUCUGAAGUGCUUGAUAAAGGUCUGUGAAACGUAAUAUGUCUACCCCAAACAUCAGUGUUACAAAAUAGCGGCAAGUAAAACUCUGAGAAUUGUAGUUAUGACAACCAUUAAUGUUUUACAAAAGCAUUAAGUGUUUGUCUUCCUCUUUUUUGAGCUUUGUUAUGAAAACUCUGAUGAUCUUUGGUUGGAUUAAUUUCAAUGUGCAGAUGCCUUUGACAGCACAUGUCAGUCUAGUUUGGGAGGAGAUGGGGGAAGACAGAUGAAAUUAUCCAUCUGACCUAAUAUAAGGCAGAGAUUUAAUUGUGUCAGUGGGACUCUGGGGAUUCAGAUGAGAAGACGCACUGAUGAGAUUCAAAACAGAUAGCAGGCCGCACCAACCCAGUUAAUCUCUUUAUUGCAGUGGCACUUGAGGAAAUGGUGAUAAAAUAAGGAGCAUUCAGUUAUUUUUUCUUCAUUAAAAAGUUUAAUACCUACACUGAGUAGAACUUUUAGUGAAUAUAAUCAGGGCUUGACAUGAACACCCACCAACCUGCCAGAUGCGGGUGGAUUUCAACAUUGGCGUGUAACGCAGUCACUCCUACUUAUGGAAGCUUGUUUACCCAACUAAAUUAAAAAAAAAAAAAAAAAAAGGUAUUUACGACUUUUUAUCUCACAAUUUUGACUUUUUUUUUAAUCAAAAUUGUGAGUUAUAAAGUCAUAAUUCUGUGUUAUAAAGUCAGAAUUGCACCUUUAUAUCUCUCAAUUCUGACUUUAUAACUUGCAAUUCUGACUUUUUUUUCAAAAUUGUGAGUUAUAAACUCACAAUUGCGAGUUAUAAAGUCAGAAUUUAAUUAUAAACUCACAAUUCUGACUUUUUUUCUCGCAAUUAUGAGUUUAUAUCACGCAAUUCUGACUUUAUAGCUCACAAUUGUGAGUUUUAAUCUUGCAUUUCUGAGAAAAAAGUCAGAAAUGUGAGAUAUAAAGUCGCAAUUACCUUUUUUUAUUUCCAUUUCUUCUCAUCUCUCCGACAGCGAGAUUCAUUUGCUCCGAAUGAAUAUUGUUGGUGUUACAGGGUUGGAAUUUUGGCAUGGGAUUACGCGUAUUGCGCAUAAAUGUACUAAUUUUCCACAGAUUUUGUGCCCACGCCAUGUCAAAAUGCCGGUCUUAGCGAGUGUUCAUGUAAACACAGUCAGUUGUGUUUUAAUGCAUGUCUAACAGUAUAAUGGAUGGAUUCAUGUGUCAGGUCUUAAAGUUACAGCAGCCUAAUAUACCUGCUGCCAAAUUAUGAGAUAAUAAAAAUAUCUAUAUGGCAAUUUCCCCAUGGUAUCGAUGUCAAAAUUGUGGCCAGUGAAAAUGCUGAGUGGCUAGUGACUUUGGAAAACCACUAUCCACAGUGGUUGUUGAGCAAAAAAGUUAAUGUCAAGCCCUGAAUAUAAUAAAAAAUGAUGAAUAUUCACAUGCAAUCAAGACUCCAGUCAUAUCAGUAGUCUAAUAAAAGCUGAUUUCUUCCACAUGGAGCAGGUUGAGUUCACACAACCAGAUGUGUCUAAUAGUAAUAAAGACAACAAUAUCAAUAAUAAUAAUUUGUUCAUUAUCAUAGUACUUUUUCAGUGCUCAAGGCCCUUUACAAAACAAUAACGAACGAAUACACAAACAUCAUACAUCCACACCAGUAGGUGUCAGUAUAUACUUCUCUGGAAUGAAUAAGAACUAGUUAAACACAAACAAAAACUUACCGAAUGCACCAGAUCAACUCUUGAUAGUGUAGUCAUGAGCAGAUUGGCAUGAGAAAUCCAGUGGAUGUUCCAACUCGAUCUCAUGAGAAAAUGUAACUAUUUUGCAAGGCGGCAAUUUGUAUGAUGCGAUUAGUACGGAAAAGUACGAUUUUUUUAGAAAAAGUAAGCAUGAAGGUCAUCCUCUAACCCCACCCUUAAACCUAACCAUCAGUGGGGCGUAAGCAGAUCGUACGAAAACGUAUAAACGAGAUUGUACAAUUUCAUACCAAAAUGUAAAGUGGUUAUGAAUUGCCAUGAGAGUGUUGGCUGUUCUGACGCUUUCCUGCUUUCCAGCUGUCUCUUGUCUACUCUGUUUUGUGGCAGUUCUCUCUCCACUUUACCUUUGACAUGUUCUUUGGAUUUCUGUACAUGGUAAAGGUCAUUUCAUCUAUAACAGAGCAAUGCUGACAAUGUCCUGUAUGGAAUCUCGGCCAUCACCUUUGCUUCUUUCAGCUGUGGUCCAUAUGUCCCCAUGUGCUGGAUCUCUUUCUGCACAGAUGGAGAAACAUUAAAUCUGACUGUUGUCAAUAGACAACAACAAAAGCACAAACUGGUUUAUGGACAAGCAAAUAAACUUACUGUACUUUACUUUUUCUUGGAUGUCACUUGAGGUACGUGUUUGUUGAAUGUCAAAGUAGACUUUAAGACAUAUUAAAAUGGUUGUCGAAAGCUUUACUUUAUUAAAUCGUUUUUAUCGAUAUGUGAGAGAGCAAAGAAGAAGGAUAAAUAAAAGAGAUUUAUGGAAAAAUAUAUUUAACAUUGUGAGGGGAAGCUUUGUACCUGUGUAUAUGUUCAGUUUUCCUCUUGUAUCUUGGCUUAUUUGUGAUGUCUUAGCUUUGUUUUUUUGUCUGAUUGCCAGUCCAAGGAUUCAGGGUUUGCCCUUUGACCUCCAGAAAGGUGGGUCUGGAAAGAAUGGCAAUAGGGAUUUCGAAGAAGAGGAAGAAGGGGUGAGGGUACCCUACUGUCCUGAAAGAGAGAGAAAAAUCCACUGGUUUCUUUUUCUUUAUUUCUUGCCUGUUCUGGAGAGAGAGACUUGGACCCUCUGGUUGUUCCGGUUACUACAAUGUUAAUGCAUUACUGCAGUCAUUCAUUGCCUCUUUGGGAAGUACUGUACAUACUUCCACCGGACAUCAGAAGACCUGCGAACUGGUUACGUUUACCUGCAGGUCAGUCCAGGAAUGCACUAUUGAUUGGUAUUUGAAGUCUAUGAAUAAAGUUUAAAAAGAGAAACCUU